GAUUGCCCACCUCCCCUCUGAAUAGGCUGGCCUAUCCCUCACCUACUUGCUUCCUUAACGUUCUAAUUGCGCCAGAUAUCAGGUCUCGCACUAUGAUCGAGAUUGUACAUUGUUUCCAGCACAAUUUCUUUGCCAUUUGCAUUUCCGACGUUCGCUCUCCUCUUUUCCCAGCAGCAACUCGGUCUUUUCUCGCAUUAGUUCCAAUCUUGCACCUGUUCUUGACGCUGAUCGUUAACUCCCUUGGCCUUCUUCCCCUCCCCCCUUCCCUUCCUCUCAAACUGCAUAUCUGGCGCCUUUGGAGUCGGUUCGUCCUGUUGGUUUUUUUUUUUUUUUUUUUUUUCUGAACUCAAUCUUCCCCGUUGUAUAAAUUGCCUUAUUUUCCUUUAAUUCUCCCUUUCUUUUGGCCUUUUGUCCUAUUCCCAGCUAUU